AUGUGCAAUUCUCCCGUUCCUGUUUACGUGCUUGGCCGCCACAUGCUAGACGCGUACUUCUUUGAGAUGGAGGGCACGGCAGACUUGGACUUUGUAAUCUGCGACGUGGCAAAAAAUUCCACCAGUGAUCGGGAGCGCAUUGUUGACUACUCAUGGCUAGAAUUUGCAACAAAGCCGUGCUUUUGUCCGGCUGAUUCCAUUUCGAGUCGAGUGCAUGCACUCGUGCGGUGGAUUGAACGCGGUUACACGGAGAAGUGUACACGCGAGUUACCCGAAGCGUUGCGUGCCCAUAGUAAGACGAUGGGCUUUGAGUACGAUGUGUACCUGAGCAGCAUUGUCAGCGAUGAUGGUCGCCGCGUGGAGGGCGUUGUGCAGGCCGUUGACGGUUGCGUGUACAUCACACUUGCCAUCCCACUCCUGCUUGAGGAGAGGGCGCGUGUGCGACGCAACCUGUCAAACGUGGUGGAGCUGUACUCGAAGGUGUUGCAGCUGCGCCUUGAUACCGUGCCGCAAUUUUCACGCGUGGAGAUUUCACUUAUCAUUAGUUGCUGCGCCAACAGUCGCGAUGCGCCCGUAGAUGUGUUGUCUGAACGCAUCGCAAUGGACCUGGGGGAGUCCAAUAAUUCCACUGAACUUUCCUUCAUGUCGUUCAUUACAAGCUGCGUAAAAUUCCGACGAAUGCCGCGGUAUUCGUCGACUCUGCAGCGCGGUGCGAGCUUUAUGGAUUACAUUCCGUUGCUCGAGCGGGCGCUCUUUGCUUCGCUGCGUGAGCCCUUGCAUUUUCUUGAAUUGGUCUGCAUGAUGUCGUCUGUCUUUGGUCGGCCCAUUAGUGUCAACGUUGCGACGAAUUACCCUGGGGAAUGUGGUAACGGCGGGGACGUGUCGGUACGUUGUGCCACCUUCUGUGUUGUGGAUGAUGCCACGCAGUUUAGCUUUUGCAUCUGUGUGCGCUACCAAAAUGGCUGGACACUUCCGUCCGUAAGCAUUAUUGCCAACCAAUAUGCAGACGGCACAUCGCAGGGGUCGCCGUUGCGGGGGAAGUUGCAAUACUCCGAGGAUGUGAGGCAGCUGGAAAAAAGAUGCAGUAACGAGGAGUUUUUAGAUGUGGUGGCGCUCUGCGAGGCCAUUGAGCGCGGCUCCUUUGAGGUCAUGGCGUUCCUUAUUGCGCUAUGCCGGUAG